AUGGCGGCGACCUAUCGCAUACGCCGUGUGGAAGACACUCCGUGGCACGGUAUAGCCGGGCAAUAUGCGCGUUGCGGCGCGGAGUUUGGUUUUAUAGUUGCGCCUGGCUCAGACAGAUGUGACAUAAGACAUACGUCGCACUGGCGAUUCUCACACACGGCUUCUACUACUCAGCGCAGGGGUUCGUUUCAGCGCGUACACGACGAUGAAGGCGCGCCAGACAGCCUGCACAGACCACUGUGCCUGUAUGCCAGGCCAAAAAAGAACAAGGUGGAAUCCUCGAACACAGACGAGCCGCAGUUAACGGCACAAGUGCCGGAUGAAGGUGCCGGUUCACCAAAAGCUGCCGAAUGCGCGGACGACAAGGCGGUAGUUAAUGAGGGAACGGAUGUGGGAGUCCCUGCUGAUGUAACUGCUGCCGCGAAGCGCAAGAGGGGUCGACCCAGAAAGGUGAAGGUCGAGGACGAUGCUGCAGCUUCAGCUACCGACGGCAACAAUUCCACACCAGAAAUUACGGAUGAUAAUGCGUCUGCAGAACCAGAUAUCACCGGUACAGAUCCUGCAGAUGUGGUCAUGUCUGCUACCACCUCAGAUGAAGAUGUGACACAACAACCCGUUGGUGAUCACCAGGACACCGUCAUUGGCACAAACCCGGAAAUUCACGCAAACCAGGAAAUUCACGCAAGCCAGGAAAUUCACGCAAGCCAGGAAAUUGAUACAAACAGGGAAAUCGGCACUAGUCAAGAUGACCAUGUGGAUGUUGAGGUUUCGGAUGGUAGUGCCCAGGAUAGUGAAGUAGAGCGACACGACGUGGUUGAUACUGCUACGGAGGGUAACGACGAAAUUGCUGAGGCUAUACCAACUGAGGAUGAUGAAGCUGCUACGGUGAUAUCAACUGAGGAUGAUGAAGCUGCUGCGGUGAUAUCAACUGAGGAUGAUGAAGUGGCUGAGGUUGUACCAACUGAGGAUGAUGAUGAUGAAGUUGCUGAGGUUGUACCAACCGAGGAGGGUGAAGUGGCUGAGGUUAUAUCAACUGAGGAUGAUGAUGAUGAAGUGGCUGACGUUAUAUCAACUGAGGAGGAUGACGACGACGAAGUGGUAUCAGUUACAGAAGGGGUGGGGAGUGUAGCAGAAAUAGAGGUCACCACUGAGGACGAAGAAGGUACGGACGAACAGGGGAAAACGGACGCGUCAGCAGCAUCUGAUGCGGAAAGUGCUAAAAGUGCGGAUAAAUCCGGUGUAAAAGGUCCUCGGACCUUCUUGCAAAGGUUGGAGGAGCAACUGGCAUCGAGGAAAACCAGGCUCCCGGAAUCCUUUUACGCAGAGGAAGUGUACAGCACAUUCGACAACACGAAGCUCCCGGAGGGGUGUAAGACGCUGAUGGACUUUUUCAACCUGCCGAAGAACUUCGACUUCAAAAGCAUGGUCGACCUCUCCCUCCACGGCACGGACUCGUUGGAGACGCUGGGUGUCUACGGCACCGACAAGCCGCAGAAGCUGGAGGAGCCGGUGUACUCCGGCAAGUACCCGGACAGCUUCUUCGAGACCAUCUUCCACUACGAGCCGGAGCCGCGGCGGUACACGACCGCCGAGGGCACCCCGGAAUCCGUGGAGGUCGAUAGGAUGUACUACACCCUCAAGGGCAAGCGGCCCGGUGACAUAGUGCCCCCCGAGAGGCAGUCGCCCGUGGAAAAGAUAAGGGAGCACUACCUGAUGUUCGACGUGCACGACCACCUCAAGCACUACCUGACCCACCUGAACCAGUACAACUACCGAGUGCUGAGCAGCCACCACAAGAGGGACGACACGCUGAACCACUACCUCAACAACGAAUACAUACAGUACAUACCCAAGAAGUUCCCGCCCGAGCCGGACCACACGGAGAAGAUCAGGGCGUACUUCAUGGACAUUUUGCCCGAGCUGAUGGACACGCUGGUCAACCUCAUCAAAAACGACCCCAACAAGGACCGGACCCCGUCGCCGCCGUUGCACGACAUGAGCUUCGCGCCGGGUUUCCAACUGCCGGACUACAUGCAGCGCGGCUACGAAACCGACGACGAGCGAACCAGCGGGUUCGAGGAGAAGGACUACCUCAGGUUCUCCAGCCUCCAGGGGCUGCACGACCCGGAGAGGCACCUGCACUACCCAUACGCGGACGUGGAGCCGCUGUACCAGCGCCAGCUGCUGUCCACGUACCUGGACUUGGUCAAGACCGGCGAGCUGGGCGAACCCGAUACCUACAAGAAGUUCAAGUCGCAGGCCGCCAGCAUCAGGAACGAGCUGUACACCGACCGCACGAGGCUCCCCCAGGAGAUAUACGGCCGCGCGGGGUCCAAAGAGGCUCGGAAACCGAUCGAACGAACCACCCGGCUGACCAAGGUGUACGAGCGCGGGGGCCGGAAACGCAGCGUCGCGCUCGUGUACCUGGAGCCGGGCAACGGGCACAUCAUCAUCAACAACAGGGACGGGUACCAGUACGUCCGGUACAGCGCGCAGCGCAUCAGGGAGAUGCUGGAGCCGUUGGACGUGCUCUACGCGUACAAGAAGUUCAACAUCGUCGCCGUUGCGCGCGGCGGCGGCAUAUCCGGGCAGACCGGCGCCAUUAGACACGCGCUCGCCAGGUACCUCACGAAGGUCCUGGCGCCCAAAAUCGAGCCGUACCUGUCGAUGCGCGACCUCACGAAGGCGGAUACGCGGCAGGUCGAGCGGAAGAAAACCAACCUGCGCAAGGCGCGUAAGGAGGAGCACUACUCCAAGCGUUAG